AACAGGGCGUCUGGGCGUGCAGGGGGCAGCACACUCGAGAUCACUCUUGUCCAAAUCGCGUUCGUGUCCUUUUGGGGGACAGACACCAGUGAGGCCAGCUCUCCACAGGCAAGCACAGGACGCCCGGCCGUUGUCAGCCCACUGAAGCUUCACUGAAAGUUGACCUCCGGCUUCAAGUUGGAAUCCAUCCGAAUCUCCAUCAUCAUCAUCGAUCGUCCUCCACACCGCAACCCACACAACCACAACAGCAACGACGACGACUAGGUCACCGACCAACGGACAACCAACCCUAGACCAGGACUAGAACACCAACGGUUCCAUCACCACCACCGGCCCCUCUCCCCGAGCUUAGCAAAAGCUACCCGCUGGGCUACACACACGGCGCCGCUGCGGUUGCAGCCUUCACUCUCCAUCGAUAUCCAAUCCACACAUCAACUGGCACGCCGCCAUAGGGGCACAUCGACGACAAGCUCGCAACCAUGUCGCUCAACAUCUUCCGCGUCACCGCGGACUUUAGCCACUUGGCUUCUAUCCUCAUUCUUCUCCAUAAGAUGACGCAGUUGAAGAGUUGCGCCGGCAUCUCCUUCAAGUCGCAAGUCCUCUACUUCAUCGUCUACGUCACCCGCUAUCUCGACCUCUUCUGGACGACAAGCUACUACAACAUCAUCUUCAAGAUCCUCUUCAUAGCUUCCUCCGGUUACAUCAUCUACCUCAUGGUCAGCGCCUACAAGCCGACCAACGAUCCCGGUCUCGACACCUUCCGCGUCCAAUACCUGCUGGCUUUCGCCGCCGUUCUCGCCAUCCUCUUGCCCUACCAGUAUAACUUCUGGGAGAUCAUGUGGGCCUUCUCCAUCUGGCUCGAGUCCGUCGCUAUCCUUCCGCAGCUCUUCAUGCUCCAGCGUACCGGCGAGGCCGAGACCAUCACCACCCACUACAUCUUCGCCCUCGGCAUCUAUCGCGCUCUGUAUAUCCCCAACUGGAUCUACCGCUACGUUACCGAGCCGAAGCACAAGAUUGACUACAUUGCCGUUUCGGCGGGCAUCAUCCAGACGUUGCUGUACAGCGACUUCUUCUGGGUCUACUAUACGACUGUGAUGAAGGGAAAGAAGUUCAAGUUGCCUGUUUAAGUUGUGGAAAGGGUCAAUGGUUGGGGUAACCGGGAAAACUGAGCAACA